GUAAUGUAGUGACGUAUUGUGUGUGCUGUUCUGCGCAUGUUUACUGUGUGUGAUAGUACUGUGAAACGCUGCUGUUCCCCUAGGGAUCUCAAAUGGCAGACGCCUGAUUCAGGGUGUGUGACGGUGAAGGGUCAGGUGUUUCCUGGUGUCGAGGGGAGAUCUCAGAUUGGUGCCAUUAACAGCCAACGGUUUUGUUGGACCCACUGACUGUAACUUCCCUUCUGUGAUUUGUGAUGAUGUGAUAAUAGAAAGAUGGGCUCUUUGCUGUCUAUGUGCGGUUUAAACAAGAAAAAAAUAACUGAAGAGGAGAGGCAAUUGAGAGCUAAUGACAGGGAGUUUAAUCUCUCAUUUAAAUAUGCUAACAAUGCCAUCAAGACGUCCAAAUACAACAUCUUUACGUUUCUCCCUCUUAACCUAUUUGAGCAGUUUCAGAGGCUGGCAAAUGCAUACUUUGUCUUUCUCCUGAUGUUACAGUUGAUCCCACAGAUCUCAUCUCUGUCCUGGUUCACUACUGUAGUUCCUCUGCUGCUGGUGCUCUCUAUAACUUUAGCUAAAGACCUCUCAGAUGACAUUACUCGACACAAGAAUGAUAAACAAGUCAACAAUCGAGAAGUGGAAGUGCUCAUUAAUGGACAGCUGAAGAAAGAGAAAUGGAUGAAUGUUCAAGUAGGUGACAUCAUCAAGCUGGAAAACAAUGAGUUUGUUACAGCUGAUCUGCUGCUGCUGUCUAGUAGUGAACCUCUGAAUCUUGUCUACAUUGAGACGGCUGAGCUGGAUGGGGAAACUAACCUGAAGGUGAAACAGGCUCUGACAAUUACAGGAGACCUGGGCAAUGACAUCCAGAGACUAGCAGCUUUCAAUGGUGAGGUGCAUUGUGAGCCUCCAAACAAUCGUCUGGAUAAAUUUACAGGAACUCUGACGGUCGCUGGAGAUACGCUUGCUUUAGAUAAUGAGAGGAUUCUGCUCAGAGGAUGUACCCUCAGAAACACAAACUGGUGCUUUGGGCUGGUAGUGUUUGGAGGUCCGGACACAAAGCUGAUGCAAAACUCUGGCAAGUCCGUUUUCAAGAGAACCAGCAUUGAUCGUCUCAUGAAUGUUCUGGUGAUGUGUAUCUUCGGUUUUCUGGCCUUCAUGUGUGCCAUCUUGUCCAUUGGUAACGGGAUUUGGGAAUACCAGGAAGGGAAUUCUUUCAUUGCCUUUCUUCCUCGGGCUGAUGGAGCGAAUGCGUCCCUCUCUGCUUUUUUGACUUUCUGGUCUUAUGUUAUCAUCCUCAACACUGUAGUGCCAAUUUCUCUCUAUGUCAGCGUGGAAAUCCUUCGUUUGGGAAACAGCUAUUUCAUUGACUGGGAUCGAAAAAUGUACCACGUAAAGAGUGACACACCAGCCCAGGCCAGGACGACCACUCUCAAUGAAGAGUUGGGCCAGAUCAAAUAUAUCUUCUCUGAUAAGACAGGAACAUUGACCCAGAACAUCAUGACCUUUAACAGGUGCUCCAUCAAUGGGAAGUCAUACGGUGAGGUUGUGGACUUUGCCGGGCAGAGGGUUGAGAUCACUGAGAAGACAGAAAAAGUAGACUUUUCCUGGAACCCGCUGGCAGAUCCGAAGUUUUGUUUCCAUGACCAUCAGCUGGUGGAAGCAGUGAAGUUGGGCUCUCCAGAGGUGCGGGCCUUUUUUCGUCUGCUGGCCCUCUGUCAUACUGUCAUGCCUGAGGAAAAAACAGAAGGGGAGCUAUUUUAUCAGGCUCAGUCUCCAGACGAGGGCGCUCUGGUCACCGCAGCCAGGAAUUUUGGCUUUGUAUUUCGCUCCCGUACACCAGAGACAAUCUCAGUUGUUGAAAUGGGAGUCCCAACCACCUAUAAGCUACUGGCAGUGCUGGACUUCAAUAAUGUCCGCAAGAGAAUGUCUGUUAUCGUUCGUAAUCCAGAAGGCAGACUAACUCUGUAUUGUAAGGGAGCCGACACGAUCAUCUUCGAGAGGCUGCAUCCAUCCUGCUCUAAAAUCACAGAGGUCACCACAGAACAUCUUAAUGAAUAUGCUGGAGAAGGUUUGAGAACAUUAGCUCUGGCUUAUAAAGACCUGGAUGAAGACAUGUUUGCUGAAUGGAAACAGCGACACCAUGUGGCCAGCACUGCAAUGGAGGAUCGUGAGGAAAAACUGGACGCCAUUUAUGAAGAGAUUGAGAAGGAUCUGCUGCUCCUUGGUGCUUCUGCAGUUGAAGAUAAACUUCAAGAUGGAGUGCCUCAGACCAUUGAGCAACUCGCCAAAGCUGACAUCAAAAUCUGGGUUUUGACGGGUGACAAACAGGAGACGGCUGAGAACAUUGGUUAUUCAUGUAAUAUGCUCAGAGAAGAGAUGACGGAGAUCUUCAUAGUGGCUUCCAACACAGCAGAGGAAGUGCGUCAGGAGCUUGUGAAUGCCAGGAAAAAGAUGUCUCCGGGAUCAGAAGAUGAGCCACCCAUUGUGAAGAGCAGAUUUCUUGGAAAGAAAUCUCAGGAGGUGGAGGAUGAGAAGGUCAAUGGCGAGUACGGACUUGUAAUAAAUGGUCACAGUCUGGCACAUGCUCUGCAUAAGGAUAUGCGAUUGGAGCUCUUGAGGACUGCGUGCAUGUGCCAGACAGUUAUCUGUUGUAGGGUCACACCUCUCCAAAAAGCUCAAGUUGUGGAACUAGUCAAAAAGCACAAGAAAGCAGUGACUUUGGCUAUCGGUGAUGGCGCCAAUGACGUCAGUAUGAUCAAAACUGCACAUAUCGGUGUUGGCAUUAGUGGUCAGGAGGGCAUGCAGGCAGUUCUCUCCAGUGAUUUCUCCUUCGCUCAGUUUCGUUAUCUCCAGCGACUCCUGCUGGUCCAUGGCCGAUGGUCCUACCUGCGCAUGUGUAAGUUCCUGCGCUACUUCUUCUACAAGAACUUCACCUUCACCUUUGUGCACUUCUGGUACGCCUUCUUCUGCGGCUUCUCGGCACAGACCGUGUAUGAUGAGUGGUUCAUUACGCUCUACAACCUGGUGUAUACAGCUUUACCUGUUCUUGCCCUCAGUCUAUUUGAUCAAGAUGUGAAUGAUCGCUGGAGUUUCCAGUAUCCCCAGUUGUACUCUCCGGGUCAGCUGAACCAAUAUUUUAGUAAAAUGGCCUUCGUGCGGAUCCUGAUGCACAGCUGCUACAGUUCGCUCAUCCUUUUCUUCAUCCCCUGGGCAGCCAUACAAGACCAGGUCAGAGACGAUGGCAAAGAGAUCGCGGAUUAUCAGUCCUUCGCCCUAUUGGCACAAACAUGCCUGCUUGCAGCAGUCAGUGUGCAGCUGGGUUUAGACACUUCCUAUUGGACAGCGGUGAAUCAGUUUUUCCUGUGGGGGAGUCUGUCGAUGUAUUUCGCCGUUACCUUCACCAUGUACAGCAACGGCAUGUACCUCAUCUUUACCUCCUCUUUCCCUUUUAUUGGUACGGCGAGAAAUUCCCUCAACCAGCCGAACGCGUGGCUGACCAUCUUAUUGACCACUAUAUUGUGCUCGCUGCCUGUUGUGGCACAGCGAUUCCUCUAUAUCCAACUUAAACCGACUAUCAAUGACAAGGUGCGACAUAAGGUAAGGCAGUCCAAAGCCAUGCCUCUGCCUCCCCCUCGCCGGUUCCCACGCCGACGGGUCAGCACGCGUCGAUCCGGUUACGCCUUCUCUCAUGCUCAUGGUUAUGGUGAUCUUGUCACAUCUGGACGAUUCCUGCGUUUACCGAUCAAGACCAGGUCGACUAUUUUCCCUGGUUCUAACAGCCCUGUGGCUGACAGCACACCCCAGACAUAUCGAACCAUCUUUGAGGACAGACAGAGCUCCUAAAGGUGACGUUCGGAGGAGCUGAUGUACAUCAAUCCUAAGUUCACAUUCGACAAGCAUGUGCUUGUUUAUCAUACUUCAAAAUGCCAGAAUACACUGGACAGAUUAUUUACAGGGUACUUCAAGUAAUAUUUAAAUAUGUUCUCCAGCUUCUUGUGUGAAGCUAUGAACAUUUGAAUCAGUAAAAGUUUACAAAUUAAGUUGAACCAAUAAAAUGUAUAAGGCUUUUUCUGAACGAUACACAAACUCAUAGCCAGUGCUUUAAGUGGCCCAAAAGAGGUGCCGGUACGCUAUUUUUUUUUUUUUUUUUUUUGCUGUCUCGACCCCUAUAUUGAAUGGGUUUUAUAUUCAGCAGUCAACAGACGACCUUGUAAAAAAUAAUAAAUCCUUUUAUAAAUUUGUGGAUUUGCUUGCGCUAGAAAUAGCUACUGAACAUAAAUAAAAUGUGCAAAAGGAUUUUGACACUGACUGACGGACGCAUGCGCUUUUAACUUGUAAACGCAAGGGUGUAUGGGUAAUGUAGUCUCUGCUCUAUGUGGGACGAAUUAGGAAGCGUACAUUAAGGGCGCUCUGAAAAGCGGCAGCGCAGCCAAAGGAUUAAAUUAAACCUCUGAUUUUUAAACAGAUGUGCAAAUGAGCAUUCCGGUACGCUAAAAGCACGUUCUGGGCGCACGGAGAGGUGGUGGUACGCUCAACAGCUAUUUUAAGAAGUGGCGGUACUGAGUACCGGGGCGUUCAGGCCCACUUAAAGCACUGCUCAUAGCCAAUCGUCUAUACAGUUCCUCGAGUAUUAACACCAAAGAAUUGAAAUUUUAUUUUUUUUGUUUUGCUGAUGCAUUACAUUUUGAAUUUUAUUUACAAACACUGUACCAAAAAGAAGUUUUUAUUGUGGUCUAUACAAGCAUUUAAUCGGUGUAUGAAAAUUUUAAUAGAUUUUUUUGUCAUGUUUUGGUUUUUUGUGUCGUUAUAAUUUAAAAUAGUUGAAAACGCUUGAUCUGCUUUUAUUUGACAUUCUAUUGUCAUGUUUUGUACACAAAUAUGUAUGUGCCUUACAUAGUGAUUUAUACAAUAAAGUUUCAGAAAACCU